AUGUGCACUUACACAACCCACGUCCGGGUCUGCGGGUCCUGCCGCUGCGAGGAUACAGUCCUUAUCUCGGAAAAGCUCUGCCCGGUCGCCCAAAAAGCGAACGGCAUCUUUGGGGCGUGUUUGGAAGGGGUGCUGAGCGAAAGGGAUGCGACGAGGCAUUGGUGCUGGCAGUGCAAGGAGAGUGUGAUUCCCAGUCCGCCGCCGGGGUAUGCCCAGUUGCAGCAGCAGAUGCAGUAUGGCUAUCAGGGGAGAUAUGGGAGCGGGAGCGGGCACAGGAGGAGAGGGAGUGUGGUGCCUACUAGUAGCGGUGGCGGUCAGAGGCCGAGGGCAUGGAGCUGA